CGGGUACCCCGGCUAAAGCUAGCCGCUGAACUUCGUGCUUUGGAGAAACGUUAAGGUUAUCAGGUUCCUGCAAGUUAUCCGGGGCCCGGUCCGGAUUCCAGGCUAAACAUGGUGGUGAUGAGUAGCCUGAGGGUCAUUCUUCAAGCCUCUCCGUGCAAGUCACUGUGGAGAAGAUUCCAGACCCCCAGGUUCGUGCCAGCGAGGCCCUGCAGCCUCUACACCUGCACAUACAAAAGCCGGAACCGAGCCCUGCACCCGCUGUGGGAGACCGUGGACCUGGUCCCGGGGGGCGAGCGCCAGUCGCCCAUCAACAUCCGCUGGAGGGACAGCGUCUAUGAUCCCGGCUUAAAACCGCUCACCAUCUCUUACGACCCGACCACCUGCCUCCAUGUCUGGAAUAACGGGUACUCUUUCCUGGUGGAAUUUGAAGAUUCUACAGAUAAGUCAGUGAUCGAGGGAGGACCCCUGGAGCACAACUACCGGUUAAAGCAAUUCCAUUUUCACUGGGGGGCCAUCGAUGCCUGGGGCUCUGAGCACACCGUGGACAGCAAAUGUUACCCAGCAGAGCUGCACUUGGUGCAUUGGAAUGCAGUCAGAUUCGAAAACUUUGAGGAUGCAGCACUGGAAGAACAUGGUUUGGCUGUGAUCGGAGUAUUUUUAAAGCUAGGCAGACAUCACAAAGAGCUACAGAAAUUGGUGGAUACUUUGCCAUCGAUCAAGCAUAAGGACACCCUUGUGGAAUUUGGGUCAUUUGAUCCUUCCUGCCUGAUGCCUGCCUGCCCAGAUUACUGGACCUACUCGGGGUCCCUGACUACGCCCCCACUCUCCGAGUCCGUCACGUGGAUCAUUAAGAAGCAGCCCGUAGAGGUUGAUCACGAUCAGCUUGAGCAGUUUCGGACCCUGCUUUUCACUUCAGAGGGGGAGAAAGAGAAAAGAAUGGUGGACAAUUUCCGCCCCCUUCAGCCCCUAAUGAAUCGCACUGUCCGCUCUUCCUUCCGUCAUGAUUAUGUACUGAAUAUACAAGCAAAACCCCAGCCGUCAACUAGCCAAGUGAUCCCCUGAGGAGUUCAUCUCUAGGCAGUGCUUUGCUUUAAUAAAUACUAGCUUUUUAAAUAUUGCUAACUGGACUAUUCUAAACACCUGCGUUUAAUAAUAAUUAUAGAUGUGCAUUUCUUGUGUGUGGCAGAGCUCCAUCAGUCUUUGAGGAAAGCUCUUUGGUAAAUGAGUUCUUCAUUUGAUUGAAAAUGACAUUUAACACUGAACUAGCAGCAAGAGACAGGAGUUUCUCCUACAGUAACCUGUUGGGUAAUUGUAAUGUCUUUUUACAUCUGAUAUUUCUGUGCUGCCUCUUUAUGUUUAUUAGUUAGUAGUUCUGUAGAGUUAUAAGCAGGGAUAGUAACCAAAAUAUAUAACAACUAGAAAGGCAGACACUGACCAUCCAGAAAGCAGGCCUUUGAGAAACAGCCCUAGGGCCCAAACUGGUACAUCCUGGCUUGCUGAACUCUGGCCAUGGUUUUCGGUAUUUUUAUUUCAAAACAUGAAUGUAUAUUCUUUUCUGAGGCCUUCGCAAUGAGUAUAUUUGCCCUGAUCUUUAGUUGUCAUUCCUAGUACAUGAUAUGCUUACUUAGUAUCAAUUUAUGAUAUACAAAAAGUAUUUUGUAGUUCAAAGAAGACAAGAAUUUACUUCUAACUGGGAAUCCUUUUGUACUUCUGAAGAUUAGAUAUAUUAGUUCAAAACUUAAUCACAUAGAAAACAUAUGCAGAACGUUUUAAAGAAAAUGCUUGAGGUGCCUAGAAUUUAAAAUUCUUUCAUGAAUAUUUACAGAAAUCUUUUUCAAAAGACUAGUAAUAUAACAGUCUAUAGUUUAUAUUGUUAUUUUGCAUUGUCUGUACGUGGUUUCAUAAAAUACAAUCUUUUCCACAAUGAUAGAACUAUCUUGAUUUCCCUUGAAAACUGUCUGAACUUUAUUAGUUGAGGUUCUAUGCCUCAUGUUUCCAAUUUACACAGUGGUUUAGAAGAAUUUUGCUACAGUAAUAAGAAGAGAAACUUAACAGGGUAAAGUCUAGAGAAGUCUGCAUAUUCUGAGGAAGCCAUGCCAUUGUUGCCUUUGCUUGUAAAUAUCUUGGAAUGUUUCUAGUUGCCUAUAAGCCUGUGUUCAAACUCAUAUUGCAUUUACUAGUGGUAUUUCUUUCAUUACUAUGCUAAUCAUCUGAUCUGCAAGGUAAGGUUGGAUAAGUAGACUUAACACUACUGAACUGUACACUGGAAAAGGUUAAGCUGGUUAAUUUUAUGUGUGUUCUACCAUGAUUAAAAAUAAA